AUGAAAUUUAUGAAAUUUUAGUAUUUAUUAAAUGAUGAAUAAAAAGUGCUAUACUAUUUUUUAUUAUUUAAAAAAAGAUUUAAUAAAAUUUAAAAUGGAAUCUCCAUAUAAAUAUGGAAUGCUAUUUGUUUAUUUAGGAUUAAAAUUUUUAGAUUUCUAUUUUUCAAAAAAAAUAAAAAUUUUUAAUAAAUGAAUUAGAUAAUUUAAGCACCUAAAUAAAUAGAUUCCAAAAAUAUUUAGAAAUAUUGUCCAAAAUGUAAAAGAAUACCAUAAAUACCUAGUAUAUUAAAAACUACUGGAUAUAUUUAUUAUUUAGAAUGUUUACAAUAAAUGGUUAUAAAGAAUGAAAUCACUAAUAAAAUUAUUAUUAUUAUAAUACAAUUAACACCAUUUAUGAUACAAAUGGUAUUGUUGUUUUCGUAAUAAAAUUUAGUAUUUUUAAUUUUGUAUUAAUUUCAUAGCAUUAGCAGAUAUGACAAUACAUAUCUAAUAAAAAUGAUAAUUAAUUAUAAAUUAGCAUAACCAAAUCUUUUGAUUAAUCUUUCAUUUAUUAAGAAAUAAAUUGAUUAUCUUUAACUUAAGCAAAAUAGUUAUUAAGCUUCACUUAAGAAAGAACUAACAAAUUUAAGUGUUUCUUAAAAUGAACCAUAAGAUUUCAUCAUUUAAGUAUAUUCAUCAAAUUUAAUUGGUUUAAUGUAAUAGGAUGUGUCAAAAAUCUUGAUCCUAUUUGAACCUCGAUGA